AUCGUACAAAACGGUUGAACAACGCGACUACCCCCGUUUAUUCGUCUAUUACAAAGUUGAUCUUUCCCCUCCGUCUCCUCGGGUGGUUUCUUGUCCAACGAGGGUGAGGAAAGAAAAGGAGAGCAAGGAACCUUUUGGAACUAUAAAAAUGAGCGUUGAUCACUCUGAAACACAUAUCGAACUCGAACACUGGAUAAGUACAAUCAAGAGUUUGACAAAAAAAAUAUACACACUCAAAAACAUCAUGCAAAAGAUUUUGAUUUUCGUUGCCCUUUUCGGCUUGAGCCUGGCCUCAAUCCGAGAUAAUAAGAACUCUCAGAUAGUGGAGGCUCCCCAAUACAACGCUUUGACCCAAAAGACGAUCGUUGAGUUGUACAAGUUCCUCAAGACCGAACUUGAGGGUGAGGACGACGCAAUGAUCCUCCGCAAUAAGCGAUCUGCCGAGGCCAGCCCUUUCUUCUUCCGUCGUUUGUUCGGAUUUGGUCGACGCAAUUUCGGAUUUGGCCGCGGACAUCGACGAGGAUACUUCCACUGAGUACAUGAAAAUAAAAAAAGUCACCCUGCUUUGAAAAAUCAUAAGAAAAUACAUUCUUACACCAUAACCAAUUUGGUAGCUUUUUUAU